AUGGAUUUCGUGCAACGUUUACGUUACAACAGAUUUUUCAAAACGUCUUACGCCGAUCCGUCCGAGUUUUACGAUAGUUUAAUUGUGGCACCUAGCAGAAUUGCCAAAGUGACCGGAAUAAAUGUGUUGAGCAAAGAUUACAAGGUCUACACGUUUCGUUUGUUCACGGUAUUCGUUGGAAUGGUGAUUUAUUUCUACACCAGUUUCGUAACUGCGUACCAAGUUCGUCACAGCACUGAAGAGUUGAUUUUCUGUUUGGUGACGAUCGGAAUUGGGUUUCAAGUUCCAACGAAAGUGUUCACCUGUGUGAUUUAUCGCAAAGAAAUGGUUUGGAUCCAUCAAUAUGCGCGGGAUUUGUACCACCAGGAGUGCAGUCCACGCACGAAAACCAAGCUAAUGAGUGAUAUCUUUCUUGUCAGUGUCAUCGUCAAAGUAAUGCUGCUGUGCUAUGCUUUCACGAGUAUUUCGUUGAUUUUGGUUCCACUGUUGUACACGAUCCAAUCGGGAGAGAAAACGCUACCCUUUGGCUUCUACAUCCCACAGCUUGAUCGUGACACGUGGUUUGGGUAUUUCUGCAACUAUGCGAUACAAAUUUACCUGACGACUUACGUUUCGUCGCUGGAUAUGGGAACGGAUUGUAUCUACAUGAUGACGCUGAUGAGUUCGUUCACCCAAAUUGACCUGCUGAAGAUGUCGCUGGUGGAAAUGAACAAGAUGAUCGAUAACGAGGACAAGGAUUUGGACAACUUCUUCAAACAAGUUAUAAAACGGCACCAGGAGCAUUUAAAGUAUUUGAAAACCGUUGAGCAGGUCUAUCGUGUAAAUUUUUUCUUAACCUUUGCCUGUUUAUCAUCAGUUCUGGUUAUGGCUAUGUUUGCAGCACUAAAACUUUCCUGGUACCAGGGCUAUGUGUUCAUCGCGUUCCUCAGUUACCAACUGUUCUUCGGUUGUUUUCUGGGCACAUUGCUAGCAAUUAAGAACGAACAACUGCAGCACGAAAUUUACAGAGUCACCUGGUACAAGCUGUCCAUCCGGAACCAGAAGAUGCUCCAGUUUGUGCUGAAAUCUUCACAGGAAUCCGUCUGCAUGUCGCUGAUUUUCGCUCCCCUCGAUAUGAGCACAUAUCUGCAGGUUUACAAGUCGAUCUACAGCUUGUUCACCAUGUUGCUGACCGUUGAGGAGGAAUAA